CCGGAAACAGUCACGUGACCGGUGGCGCUGGAACGCAUGAAGUUGGAACGUACUCUUUGGAUCUCUGGAGAAUCUGAAUGGUCUAAUGGCUCUCAACGCUGCACACGGCAGUGAAGAUGUUCUCAGAAGUCCGGCAUUAUCCUAUUGUGAGCAGCCUUGUGCUGAUGCACUUGACAGCUCCCUUGUACUUGACUCCGUCCACGAGUCUCAGGAGCCGUCGCCGGAACGUACACAAAGAGAGAUUUCCACCCUGACGCAGGAAAAUGCGUUUGGCGAUUUGUACAGUGCAGACGAGGCUUUAUCAGAUGAUGAAGGAGCGUUUCGAGGGCUGUCUGCCCUUCCUGUGGAGAACAGUGCAGUCCGGAGAGCCCUGUGCGCGCGCUGCAGCCGUCCUGAGAAGGUGUGUCUGUGUCCUUUCCUGCCGGCUCAUCCCCUCAGUGUUUCCACAUGUUUAUACAUUGUUCAGCAUCCCGCUGAGGAAAGUAGAGUUCUUCGGACAGUCCCUCUUUUGGCAGCUUGUCUCCCUGAAGACAAAUGUAAAGUCUUAAUUGGUCGGCGUUUUGGAGAAGAAAGGUUUCCAGAGCUAGCAGCCAUUUGCAGGAAACCUGGUACUUUUAUCCUUUAUCCUGGAGCUGAAGCAGCUAAUUUGGAAGAGCUGUCCCUAGAAGACAAUCAUCACCCGCACUCCCUCAUCAUAAUAGAUGGCACAUGGAGCCAGGCCAAAGACAUAUUCUACAAAAAUCCUCUUUUUCGGUUGCCAAAGCAGUUUGAAAAAGACUUUAAAUGGCUGGAACAUAAGAACUAA